UGAGGUCACGCGAAGGGGCGAAAGCGCGACGGGACCUGAGCUGAACGACGGGAACCUCAAGCCUCAACUCCCCGCGUCACCCCGCCUAUUCUCUCUCUAUUCCCCUGGUCUCCAGGACCCCCACCCUCCUUCUAGGCUCGCUGGCUCGUGGCCAAAGAGCUCGCGCGCCGCCUCCGCCCCGAACGCAAACAGCUGUUCCCAGAGACGUCGCCGCCCUCAACUUUGCCUACAAGUCCGCACGCACUCUGACCAGCGAGGGAACCCGGACCUGUAGGCUGGGGGCCAUUGGUUGGCGGAGUUAAAAAAAAGAAAGGUGAAAGAGCUGGUUGCUGGGCCGUGAGUUGCUGGGCUUCGCCUCAGAACUUCCCUUUGGCGGAGCGGCCCCGCCCCUCCCCCACGCCCGCGCGCCUAGCCCGGGCGCUAUCCCUGGCUCGUCACCGCGUGGACAGCGGCGCCCCCGGCUCGAGUGGCGUCAAGGCGGCGGCGGGAGUGGCGGUGACAGGGUUUGGAGCGACGGCAACGGCCGCGCUUGGCACUUGUCAGAUGAAGUUUAGCAAAGUCUUGAAGGAUGGGGAGAGAGAUAGAGGGGAAACAGCAACGAGAGGAAAGGCAGAGAGGUCAAGAAAUUUCAGAGAAGAAAAAUUGCCACAAUUUGAAUAGAAUAUCAGUGAGAUAAGAAAAUUUGAAGCACCUUCCCUAAAGAAAAGCUGGGUAUACAGUAACUUGACGGACUUAGCUGUGGAUUUUUUACACAAAUUUGUUGCUGGACUGUGCCACCUGUUACUUGAACCUGUUUGGAGUUUUUCUCAUGUGGAUCUAAGGGGAAUGCUUUAUUAUGGCUGCUGUUGUCCAACAGAACGACCUAGUAUUUGAAUUUGCUAGUAACGUCAUGGAGGAUGACCAACAGCUUGGUGAUCCAGCCAUUUUUCCUGCUGUAAUUGUGGAACAUGUUCCUGGUGCUGAUAUUCUCAAUAGUUAUGCUGGACUAGCCUGUGUGGAGGAACCCAGUGACAUGAUUACCGAGAGCUCACUGGAUGUUGCCGAAGAAGAAAUCAUAGAUGAUGAUGACGACGACAUCACUCUUACAGUUGAAGCUUCCUGUCAUAAUGGGGAUGAAACUAUUGAAACUAUCGAGGCUGCUGAGGCACUUCUCAAUAUGGAUUCUCCUGGCCCCAUGCUGGAUGAAAAACGAAUAAAUAAUAAUAUAUUUAGUUCAUCUGAAGAUGAUAUUGUUGUUGCCCCAAUCACCCAUGUAUCCGUCACAUUAGAUGGGAUUCCUGAAGUGAUGGAAACUCAGCAGGUUCAAGAGACAUAUGCAGACUCACCAGGAACCUCAUCACCAGAACAACCCAAGAGAAAGAAAGGGAGAAAAACUAAACCAUCACGACCAGAUUCUCCAGCCACCACACCAAACAUAUCUGUGAAGAAGAAAAACAAAGAUGGGAAGGGAAACACAAUAUACCUUUGGGAAUUUCUACUAGCACUGCUGCAAGACAAAGCUACCUGUCCUAAAUACAUCAAAUGGACCCAGCGAGAAAAAGGCAUUUUUAAAUUGGUGGAUUCUAAAGCAGUGUCCAGGUUGUGGGGGAAGCACAAAAACAAGCCUGAUAUGAAUUAUGAGACCAUGGGAAGAGCUCUCAGGUACUAUUACCAAAGGGGUAUUCUGGCAAAAGUGGAAGGUCAGCGCUUGGUGUAUCAGUUUAAGGAAAUGCCAAAAGAUCUUAUUUAUAUUGAUGAUGAAGAUGCAAGCUCCAGCAUAGAGUCUUCAGAUCCAUCAGUGUCUUCAACAACCACUUCAAGUCGGAACCAAGUGAGCCGAUCCAGGAUAUCUUCAAGUACAGGGAUAAAAGGAGGCGCCACUACAGUUCUAAAACCAGGGAAUUGUAAAGCUCCAAAACCCAAAGAUCACGUGGAAGUUCCACAGCCAUCAGAAGUUUUGAGGACAGUGCAGCCUAUGCAGGUUCCAUAUCCUACCCAGCUCUUCCGGACUGUCCAUGUAGUGCAGCCAGUACAAGCUGUCCCAGAAGGAGAAGCAACUGUAAUGAAUAGCAUGCAUGAUGAAACAUUAAAUUCUUCCAUUCAGAGUAUUAGGACUAUACAGGCUCCAGCCCAAGUUCCAGUGGUGGUUUCUCCUGGGAAUCAGCAGUUGCAUACAGUAACACUCCAGACCGUGCCACUUACAACAGUUAUAGCCAGCACAGACCCAUCAUCAGGUGCUGGAGCUCAGAAAUUUAUUUUACAAGCCAUUCCAUCAUCACAGCCCAUGACAGUACUGAAAGAAAAUGUCAUGCUGCAGUCACAGAAGCCCGGCUCUCCUCCUUCUAUUGUUUUUAGCCCUGCCCAUGUGCAGCAGGUUCUUACUAGCAAUGUUCAGUCAGUUUGCAAUGGAACAGUCAGUAUGGCUUCAUCUCCAUCCUUCAAUGCUUCUACGCCUGUGGUCACCUUUUCUCCUCGCAGUUCACAAUUGGUUGCUCACCCACCUGGCACUGUAAUCACUUCAGUUAUCAAAGCUCAAGAACCAAAAACUGUUAAGCAGGAAGUAGAAGAAAAGGAGAUCGAAGAUAAUUUCAAUGAAGACACUGAAAAAACUGAGCAACAGCCACAGCCUUAUGUGAUGGUGGUGUCCAGUUCCAACGGCUUUGCCUCUCAGGUAGCAGUGAAACAAAAUGAACUGUUGGAACCCAACUCUUUUUAAUACACCAAAGGAAUUAUGGAUUUUUUAAUUGAACAUUUUCACUUGUAUGCAAACUUAUCAAUUCUAAGACAUUUGAUAGAGGUUUCUAAUUUUGUAGUCAAUGGUUAAAAGUAAUACUUUAGUUUUAACUUAGGUGAGGAGAAAAACCCAAAUGUUUCUCUUUGUUCUCCAUGUUUCAGAAUUUAAUUGUGAAGGAACAGGCAUUUUAUACUAUGAAGACAUUCUUUUGAGAUUUUUUUUUUCAGUUGCUACCAUCGUAAGCAUUUUUAAAGUUUAUUUUCUAAUUUUACAUUUUACUAGCUCUUCUGAUGCUUUUGUAAAUAUAAGGCAACAGGAAGUUUAUAUAGGAACUGUUUUCAUUCCAUAACUUCAUGUAUAAGUCUUGACUCUUUGAAAGGAAAGAAACCUAUUUUUGCUUUGUUAAAAUUAUGAUUUCACUUAGAUUGACUUUAGUUGGCUGCACUGUAUAAUGAACUAUGGGUUUGUAAAAUAUAAUAUUAAAAAUCAAAACCUGGACUGGUUGGAAAUUAUCUCCAGAAGCAGGUUAGUAUAAAAAUUAUCAGCUUAAGGGCUUUCCCACUGAUUAGCUGUGUAACCUUGGGAAAGUCACUUUCUGGGUUUUAGUUCUGCUCAUAAAAGGAAAGGAUGCCUUGGAUUAGAUGAUUUCCAAAUUCCUCUCUAGUUCUAAAAUUUAUGAUUCUAGCGCCUAUAUUUUAAAUUUAUAUUAAUUAACACAUCAGGUUAUUUCCUAAUGUAAAUAUAGCUAAAAUACUGAUUUUUAAAAAUAUGGCCACAAAAUUGAUUGUUCCAUUAUCAGUAUGAUCUGCCAUGAGCCUAAAUUUCUUCCUAAAUCCUUUGUUCAUUAGCUCUUAGGCCACUAGUAAACUUACGUUGCUGAAUGCUAACUGAUUCACUUCUAUUGUGAAAGAGUCAAGUAUCUUUCUUAAGGGCCCAGAAAGCAACUUAAGCCUUGGUCUAAUCUGGCUGAGUUGUCAUUUGCUAUAAAAGCAUAAUUGCUGUAUGUUUUGGAUCAUUUUUUUUUUAAUGGGCUGGAAGGGGGAAAAUUACAUACAAAGAUAUAUACAUAUAUAUUCAUGUUUCUGAAAUGAAAGUUUUUAGAUUAUUUUCCAACUGUAAAUAAUGUACAUUUAAUUUCACAAGAAAAAUUAUUAUCUGCAUAUUUUCUGGUAUAGUAAAGGGAAAUUUUUGUAGAUGAAAAAAUCAUGUUUAGAGGUCUAAUGUUAUAUGUUUUCAUACUAUAAAGUGAAUUUGUAUUUAAACAAAAUUUUAAAUUUUGGAAUCCUCUAAACCUUUUUGUAUCUUUAAUUGGUUUAUUAAAUAAAUCAUGUAAAAAUUC